AUGCGCAACCCUUGGCGGCACCAGGCUCCGGUCGCAGCCAGGAUAUCUUCCUUGGCGUCCAAGAAGGACCGCGAGUCGGCCGCUGCUGACCAUGCCAAUCGCGAGAGGAGCCUCGGACACAGCGGAGUCCAGUGGACCGAUGUGCAAUAUGGCACUGGCAAGCUCAAGAUUGGCGUUGAGUAUGUCGAGAAUCGUGCCGGCAAGCUUCAGAUUGAGGACUUUGAAUUGCUCAAGCUGGUAGGUAAGGGAAGCUUCGGCAAGGUCAUGCAGGUUCGCAAGAAGGACACCCACCGGAUCUACGCCGUGAAAACGAUCCGCAAGGCACACAUCAUCUCCCGAUCCGAAGUCGCACACACGCUGGCAGAGAGGUCGGUGCUGGCACAGAUUAACAAUCCCUUCAUCGUCCCCCUCAAAUUCACCUUCCAGUCACCUGCGAAGCUGUAUUUCGUGCUCGCCUUCAUCAACGGUGGCGAACUGUUUCACCACCUGCAGAAGGAGCAGCGAUUCGAUGUAAAUCGCUCGCGAUUCUACACUGCAGAACUGCUCUGUGCCCUUGAGUGCCUCCACGGGUUCAACGUCAUCUACCGCGAUCUGAAACCGGAGAACAUUCUGCUCGACUACCAAGGUCACAUUGCCUUGUGCGAUUUCGGUCUCUGCAAGCUGGACAUGAAGGACGAAGACAGGACCAACACAUUCUGCGGUACCCCCGAAUAUCUGGCGCCUGAACUGCUCAUGGGCCAGGGCUACCAGAAGACGGUGGAUUGGUGGACCCUCGGAGUUCUGCUGUACGAGAUGUUGACGGGUCUGCCUCCUUUCUAUGACGAGAACACCAACGAGAUGUACCGCAAGAUUCUGUCGGAACCGCUUCACUUCCCCGGCCACGACAUUGUGCCUCCUGCCGCCAAGGACCUUCUCAUCAAGCUGCUCAACCGUAAGCCGGAAGAGCGCCUUGGAGCCAAUGGCUCGGCCGAGAUCAAGGCGCACCCCUUCUUCCACGCCAUUGACUGGCGUAAGCUGCUGCAGCGCAAGUACGAGCCAGCGUUCAAGCCCAGCGUUACGAUGCAGAACCAGUUCCAGGGCUUCAGCUACAACCGGCCGAUUGCAGGCCUCGGCGACGCAGGCGGCAGCAUCAAGGAUCCACGAGGUGCGGCGCCGCAGCUGCUGCCCCCCGAAAACGGAGGCGCCUGGCGAGCAGCCGGUCACGAACAGCAAAGCAGAGCAGAAGAGGACAUGCACAUGCGAGAGAGAGAUCUGCCGCGAGUGCUCAAACUCCCUACUUCUCCCGAUGAACAAGCACACUUUGACCCCCAUCAACAUGUACACAUGACCCCCACGGUCCAGGGCCCCUUCGCCACGUGCCCGGCUCGUCAGCGUUGUAGGUCGGAAGUUCCCAAGCGCACCACCCAGUUCGCUGGAAGAGACGCCGAGUGGAUCGGCCUCGGCCAGAAGCGGGCGGGGCGGGGGCCCAUAUGUCACUCACAGGGCAGCUCUGUGCACAAUGACUGCCCGCUACCAACCUACUAA